GAUGCGAUGUGGGCCCAAUAAACCGGCCCAUAGAUCCAUUAAAGCUACUCCCAACUCCCAAGUUCCAGCUUCCAGCUUCGAACUCAAGCAGAGACGCAAACGAGAAAAUUUCCCAACUUCCACCAUGAGUACCAUGAAAUUUUGCCGCGAAUGCAACAAUAUACUGUACCCGAAGGAAGACAAAGAGCAGAAGAUUCUGCUUUAUGCUUGCCGCAAUUGUGAUCAUCAGGAGGUUGCUGAUAACAAUUGUGUUUAUAGAAAUGAGAUACACCAUUCUGCUGGAGAACGCACCCAAGUCCUGCAAGAUGUGGCUGCAGAUCCAACACUUCCGCGAACAAAAUCAGUCCGUUGUGCAAACUGUGGUCACGGAGAAGCUGUUUUCUUCCAGGCAACUGCUAGAGGAGAAGAAGGCAUGACGUUGUUCUUUGUUUGCUGCAACCCCAACUGUGGCAACCGUUGGAGAGAUUAGAUUGAAUAAUGCACCUUGAAAAUAGCUGAUUUUUUACUCAAUAUCUUCAUCUGUAUCGACACGUUAAAUCUGUUUUCGGAUAACUGCAUUUCUAGUAGGAUCACAUAUUUGCUUUUUUUUUUUUUGGAGAAUAUUAUUAUUAAUUUUGGCAUAUUAUUGCCCAAGUAAUCUUCACUUGAGGCCUUUGACUUGGAGGAGUAACAUUUUUCACUUUGAGAAGAAAGUGUCCUAAAUUCCCUCUUUUGAACUUCGGAUAAACCUUUGAGUAAAAUAAAUCAAUUUUAUUUACA